AUGCCCGGAGACACUGGUGAGCCGGGAGGAGCAGGAGCAGUGGGAGUGGUUGGAGAAAAGGGCGACCGCGGUGAACCUGGUCAGCAGGGCCCGCCUGGAGAAUCAGGCCUAAAGGGACCGGAAGGAGCUGUUGGAAAGCGAGGAGAUGUAGGGCCGGCUGGAGCAAGGGGCUCAGACGGAUUGCAAGGAUCUCCUGGAACAGAGGGUCCUCAAGGAUUAGAAGGCACUGAAGGGCCGCUUGGUUUUUCGGGAGAACAGGGAGACCCAGGACACAGGGGACCUGAAGGAGGAAUGGGUCUCCCUGGGCCGCCUGGACCUCCGGGUCCCCCGGUAGAUCUUGGAGCCCUUGGCGCUUUAACUCAGCGCUGGAAUAAUGGACGAUAUAGCUCUUACGACCCUCAAACUGAGAAAGCCCGACUGUACAGAAGCUCUAAAGAUCAGAGUGGAAAGCCGGUAGUAGAUCCAGUAAGUACAUUCCACAUGCUCUUGUAGCAUAUAGCCAAACUAUUAACGGACAUUUAUACCAAGCACUCACUCAUCAAAAGUUUGUCCAUUGCAUAAGUCCACUGUGUAAGUCCGUUCAACCACUUAUGAACUCCGUUACUGUAGGCCGACACCUAAAGGAGCUCAGUCACGUUACUUUGAGUUCUUUUGACCACGUAUACAAUUACCUUUAAAUUGAAGGAGACCUGAAAAUAGUAAAAUAUAAAACUGGAUGAUGAUCAAACAGAUCGAAAACGUUAAGACUCAAUUUUAACAGCUUUUUACCUUAAAGUUUUAUAUUUUACUUUUAUCGGCGAAAUGUAUAUCUAAAAAUAGUAGGUCUGUAUGGGAGAA